AUGGACAUAAUCAAACAGAAACAUCCCGCCUGGAAAAGACUACUACACAGAUGGCAAGCAAGAAGAGACAUUCCAUUCCGACGUAAAUUCUUUGUUGGCUACGAUCUAUACGGUAACACGUACUGGGAAUUCACAAUCGACGGCAACAUGACUCGAUUACGUCGUAAAUUAGAACCAUUCAGAGAAGAAAUUUUCAAAGUUGAUUAUUUCAAAACUAUUCCCCCACAAUGGCUUCAAUGGUUAAGACGAACGAGAUUUGAUGCACCAAGUUUAGAAGAAUUGGUUCAAGAUCAAUUUAGACAACAACGAUUGAAGUUAUUGGCACAACAAGCGGAUGAAAAAUGGCAGUUGGAAAAAUUGCGAUUAGAUGAAGAACAAAGGGUUAAAUUGCAACAUGAAUUGCAACGAGCUGAACUAGAAAAGAAUAACGCACCUAGGAUAACUGAGACUGUAGAGGCAUCUAAGUCAGUGGAUGAAAAUGACCCUUGGAAACAAGCUGAUGAGUCAAAAGAUACCAACCCUAUCGAAUCGGCCUCAAUAAAGCCCCAGAACCCUUGGAAACAAGCCGAUGAACCUAGAAACGCAGAUCCAAUACAAUCAGCAAACAUCAAGCCACGUUAA